CAUUGAUGGAGGAGAGUCGUGUGCCGGAGCGUGAGAUGGCAGCAGGAGGAACAGCAGGAGCGGCAGGAGGCGCGGCGGCCGCCAACAGCUCCCUCGGCCCCCCCGCUGCCCCCACCGCCUCCCCGGCGGUGCCCCCCGUGGUGAAGCUGGGCCUGACGGUGGUCUACACCCUGUUCUACACCCUGCUCUUCGGCUUUGUGUACGCCCAGCUGUGGCUGGUCCUGCGGUACCGCCACAAGCGCUUCAGCUACCAGACGGCCUUCCUGUGGCUGUGCCUCCUGUGGGCGGCGCUGCGGGCCCUGCUCUUCUCCUUCUACUUCAGGGACUGCGGCCGGGCCAACGCGCUGGGGCCCCUGCCCUUCUGGCUGCUCUACUGCCUCCCCGUCUGCCUGCAGUUCUUCACGCUCAGCCUCAUGAACCUGUACUGCGCUCAGGUUUACUUUAAGGCAAAGUCCAAGUACACCCCAGCUCUACUCCGAUACAGGCUGCCGCUGUACCUGGUGUUUGCCGGGGUGAGUGCGCUCUUCCUGGGGGUCAACCUGGUGUGUGCUCUGCUGGUGAAGACCUCCUGGGCGCCCGUGAAGACCCUGGUGCUGGUGCGCGUCACCAUCAACGACAGCCUCUUCGUCCUGUGCGCCAUCUCGCUGUCCGUCUGCCUCUACAAGGUGGCCAAGAUGUCCCUUGCUAGCAUCUACCUGGAGUCCAAGGGGACGUCGGUGUGUCAGGUGUCUCUGAUUGGCACCACGGUGAUCCUAUUGUACGCCAGCAGAGCCUGCUACAACCUGCUAGUGCUCGCCCUUGCAGACAUCGAGAAGAUGGACUCCUUCGACUACGACUGGUACAACGUCUCGGACCAGGCCGACCUGCGCUCCUCGCUGGGGGAUGGUGGCUACGUUGUGUUUGGGGUGGUGCUUUUCGUCUGGGAGCUCCUACCCACUUCCCUGGUCGUGUUCUUCUUCAGAGUCCGUCGCCCCCCACAGGAUGGGAUUGCUGCAGGGAUUCCCCACCAUGUGUUAUCAUCCAGAAGGUAUUUCUUCGACAACCCUCGUCGCUAUGACAGCGAUGAUGACCUUGCAUGGAGCAUCCCUCCUCAGAACGCGUCCGCCAGCCUACCAUCAGACUGCUAUGACUGGGGGAGUCACCACAGCUUCAGCACCACCAACCACCAGAGGUACGCCACCGCCACCACAGAGGAGCUACACCCCUACCCAUGAAGAGCAGGGUCAGGAUUGGUUCUACCAUCUGGACCCACAGUGCAGCAUUUCUACAAAGCAUUUUAUUACCUGGGCCCCCGGAUGGAACAUACUCAGUGCUCCUGUAUGUAUGAGGUCCCGGUCCCAUAUGGAACGUACUCAGUACUCCUGUAUGUAUGAUGUCCCGGUCCCAUAUGGAACGUACUCAGUACUCCUGUAUGUAUGAUGUCCCGGUCCCAUAUGGAACAUACUCAGUACUCCUGUAUGUAUGAUGUCCCGGUCCCAUAUGGAACGUACUCAGUACUCCUGUAUGUAUGAUGUCCCGGUCCCAUAUGGAACGUACUCAGUACUCCUGUAUGUACGAGGUCCUGGUCCCAUGCUGAACGUUCUUAGUACUCCUGUAUGUAUGAGGUCCUGGUUUCAUAUGGAACGUGCGUAUUACCCGGUCUAGAUUUGUGCUCAUGCUCAAAAGAUGGUGACUGGUGGUCGAUACCAGAGUUGGGCUUGACGAAAGGAUUGAGAUAUCCAGGAGGCUUGGGUGAAGGAGUAUGGUCAGGUCCGGCUCUGACCCCAUGUUCAGCGUCUUCCCCACCCUGUGGACCUGUGCCCACCACCAGCCAGAACCUCAGCCCACACUUCAGAUAUGUCCAUCUGUAUAUCUGUGAAUUAUUUUGUUGUCAGAAUGUGCUGCAUGCUCACACUUGCGACAAUCUGAAGGUUCUGACCGACAUCUCUGGUCUGGGGUUAAACUAGUAGUAGUAGUAGUAGUAGUAGUGGUAGAAGCUUUGGUUCAAUGUUUCUUAUGAUCUUUAUUUAAUAAACUCUGGGAAGCAUUUCAGCAAGACUUGAA